GGUGAUACGCCUCCCCGCCCCCCCCCCCGACGGGUGGCUCAGCAGGCAGCGGGAGGGGAUGGUGUGUAUCGCGGAGGCGGUGGCCGCUCCGGCUCCUCCACCGCCCCCCGCCUUCGCCGUGGAUCUGACCAGGGCCCCCCGGCCCGCACAGAUAUGAGAAAAUGGAUUUCUCUCCAAGGUGGGGAAGGCAAUCCUUGCAGAAAGGAUGGAAGGACUUGACCUACUAGGGCCCCAUAAGACUCAUGGAUGAUCCCUGUGCUCUCCCUCGUUUGUUCUUCCUUGUUGCCUUGCCAUCAACAGCAUCCCAGACUCCAGUGACAUGCUGUUUGAAUCCAUUUGGUUCCAGUGACAUAAAGAAAACACCUGGAACAGAGUAGUUGGGGAACUGCACAAGAAGUUGAAUGGAACAGUGCCAGCAAUAACAUCCUUAACACAUUAGUUAAAAAGAAAACAUGCUGAUGCUGACAGCCCAGUUAACAACUUUCUCAUGAAAGGCAUCUAUUAGCAAGCUAAAAGUGACUGAACCAUGGCUCAGUUUCCAACACCUUUUGGGGGCAACCUGGAUAUCUGGGCCAUAACUGUGGAAGAGAGAGCUAAACAUGAUCAGCAGUUCCAUAGUCUGAAACCAACAUCUGGAUUUAUCACUGGUGAUCAAGCUAGAAACUUUUUUUUCCAAUCUGGAUUACCUCAACCCGUGUUAGCACAAAUAUGGGCACUGGCUGACAUGAACAACGAUGGGAGGAUGGACCAGAUGGAGUUUUCUAUUGCUAUGAAACUUAUCAAACUAAAACUACAAGGUUAUCAGCUCCCCUCUGCACUCCCUUCUGCCAUGAAGCAGCCUCCCAUUGCUAUUACUGGUGCACCAGGGUUUGGUAUUGGGGGCAUUGUCAGCAUGCCAUCUCUUACAGCUGUAGCCCCAGUACCAAUGGCGUCCAUUCCAGUAGUAGGAAUGUCUCCACCUUUAGUAUCUUCUGUUCCUACAGCAGCAGUGCCUCCCCUGGCUAAUGGAGCUCCUGCUGUUAUACAACCUCUGCCUGCUUUUGCUCAUCCUGCCACAUUGCCAAAGAGUUCUUCGUUUAGUAGAUCUGGACCUGGGUCACAGUUAAACGCUAAACUGCAAAAGGCACAAUCAUUUGAUGUGGCUAGUGUGCCUCCUGUAGCAGAAUGGGCUGUUCCUCAGUCAUCAAGACUGAAAUAUAGGCAGCUGUUCAAUAGCCAUGACAAAAUGAUGAGUGGACACUUAACAGGUCCACAAGCAAGAACUAUCCUUAUGCAAUCAAGUUUACCACAGGCUCAGUUGGCUACAAUAUGGAAUCUUUCAGAUAUUGACCAAGAUGGAAAACUUACAGCAGAAGAGUUUAUUCUGGCUAUGCACUUAAUUGAUGUGGCCAUGUCUGGCCAACCAUUGCCACCUGUACUGCCUCCAGAAUAUAUUCCCCCUUCAUUUAGAAGAGUACGCUCUGGCAGUGGCAUCUCUGUGAUAAGCUCAGUAUCUGUAGACCAGAGGUUGCCGGAAGAACCAGUGUUGGAAGAAGAACAGCAACAAUUGGACAAGAAAUUGCCAGUUACGUUUGAAGAUAAAAAACGUGAGAACUUUGAACGUGGCAAUCUGGAGCUUGAAAAGCGGAGGCAGGCCCUUCUGGAGCAGCAGCGCAAAGAGCAAGAGCGGCUAGCACAACUGGAACGGGCAGAGCAGGAAAGGAAAGAACGCGAACGGCAGGAGCAAGAACGUAAAAGACAACUGGAGCUAGAAAAGCAAUUAGAAAAACAACGUGAAUUGGAACGUCAGAGAGAAGAAGAAAGGCGGAAAGAAAUAGAAAGGCGUGAGGCUGCAAAAAGGGAACUUGAAAGGCAAAGACAACUUGAGUGGGAGCGUAAUCGUCGGCAAGAACUACUAAAUCAAAGAAACAAAGAACAAGAGGACAUAGUUGUGCUGAAGGCAAAGAAGAAGACUUUAGAAUUUGAGUUGGAAGCUCUAAAUGAUAAAAAACAUCAGCUGGAGGGAAAGCUUCAGGAUAUCAGGUGUCGAUUGUCUAUCCAAAGACAUGAAAUUGAGAGCACAAACAAAUCUAGAGAACUGAGAAUUGCAGAAAUUACACAUUUGCAACAGCAGUUACAGGAGUCGCAGCAGAUGCUUGGAAGGUUGAUUCCAGAAAAACAGUUACUCAAUGACCAACUAAAACAAGUUCAGCAGAACAGUUUGCACAGAGAUUCUCUUCUUACUAUCAAAAGAGCCUUAGAAGCCAAGGAACUAGUACGCCAGCAGCUUCGAGACCAACUAGAUGAAGUAGAAAAAGAAACCAGAUCAAAACUUCAGGAGAUUGAUAUUUUCAAUAAUCAACUGAAGGAGCUGAGAGAGAUGCAUAACAAGCAGCAGCUUCAGAAGCAAAAGAACUUAGAAGUUGAGAGGUUGAAACAGAAGGAGCAAGAGAGGAAGACAGUAGAACUGGAAAAGCAAAAAGAAACCCAAAGACGAAUCCAGGAAAGGGAUAAACAGUGGCUUGAUCGAGUGCAACAGGAGGAAGAGUACCAGCGGCAAAAAAAAAUUCAAGAAGAUGAAAAGCCAAAAAGGGAAGAAAUAAUUAAGAAGACAGACAGUGAGGAUAAGGGCAAACAGGAAAUGCAAGAUAAAUUGAAUAAGCUUUUCCAUCAACAUCAAGAGCCAGCCAAGCCAGCCAUCCAGGCGCCCUGGUCAAGUGCAGAAAAAGCUCCACUAACUAUUUCUGCUCAGGAGGAUGUAAAAAUAGUAUAUUAUCGGGCAUUGUAUCCUUUUGAAGCCAGAAGCCAUGAUGAAAUCACUAUUCAGCCAGGUGACAUAGUCAUGGUGGAUGAAAGCCAAACUGGAGAACCUGGGUGGCUUGGAGGCGAACUGAAGGGAAAGACUGGAUGGUUCCCUGCAAACUAUGCAGAGAAAAUACCUGACAACGAAGUUCCAACCUCUGUGAAACCAGUAGUUGACACUACUGUUGCACCUAAAGUUUCUUUGCGUGAAACACCCCCAACUCCAGCAGCUCCAGCUCCAACAGAAUCUACUGCAACCACCAACAACUGGGCCGACUUCAGUUCAACGUGGCCGACCAGCACUAGUGAGAAACCAGAGACUGAUAAUUGGGAUGCUUGGGCAGCUCAACCUUCUCUGACUGUUCCAAGUGCAGGGCAGGUGAGGCAGAGAUCAGCCUUCACCCCAGCCACUGUUACCGGAUCAUCGCCUUCUCCUGUCCUGGGGCAGGGUGAAAAAGUAGAGGGCCUUCAAGCACAGGCCUUGUAUCCUUGGAGAGCCAAAAAAGACAACCACCUCAAUUUUAACAAAAAUGAUAUCAUCACAGUUCUGGAACAGCAAGACAUGUGGUGGUUUGGAGAAGUCCAAGGUCAAAAAGGAUGGUUUCCCAAAUCAUAUGUGAAACUCAUUUCAGGCCCCAUAAGAAAGUCGACAAGCAUGGAUUCUGGUUCUUCAGAAAGUCCUGCUAGUGUAAAGAGAGUAACAUCACCAGCAACUAAACCUGCUAUGUCAGGCGAAGAAUAUAUUGCCAUGUACACAUAUGAGAGUUCGGAACAAGGAGACUUAAUCUUUCAACAAGGAGAUAUGAUUCUUGUGACAAAAAAAGAUGGUGACUGGUGGACAGGAACAUUGGGUGACAAAUCUGGAGUCUUUCCUUCUAAUUAUGUGAGACUGAAAGAUUCUGAGGUCCCUGGAACUGCUGGAAAAACAGGAAGUUUAGGGAAGAAACCUGAAAUUGCCCAAGUUAUUGCCUCUUACACAGCAACAGGACCUGAACAACUUACCCUGGCUCCUGGUCAACUGAUACUCAUCAGAAAGAAGAAUCCAGGUGGAUGGUGGGAGGGAGAGCUCCAAGCACGAGGGAAAAAACGACAGAUAGGAUGGUUCCCUGCUAACUAUGUAAAACUUUUAAGUCCUGGUACCAGUAAAACUACACCAACCGAGCCACCUAAAUCAACAGUAUUACCUUCUGUGUGCCAAGUAAUUGGCAUGUAUGACUACACUGCACAGAAUGACGAUGAACUGGCAUUCAACAAAGGCCAGAUCAUAAACGUCCUGAACAAGGACGACCCAGAUUGGUGGAAAGGAGAAGUGAAUGGACAAGUGGGUCUCUUCCCAUCCAACUAUGUGAAACUGACGACAGAUAUGGACCCAAGCCAGCAAUGGUGUGCUGACUUACAUCUCCUGGACAUGUUGACGCCUACUGAAAGGAAAAGGCAGGGAUACAUCCACGAACUGAUCGUAACAGAAGAGAACUAUGUAAAUGACCUGCAGUUAGUCACAGAGAUCUUCCAGAAACCACUGAUGGAGUCUGAGCUGCUAACAGAAAAAGAGGUCGCUAUGAUUUUUGUUAAUUGGAAGGAGCUGAUUAUGUGCAAUAUCAAACUACUGAAAGCACUGCGUGUUCGUAAAAAGAUGUCUGGGGAGAGGAUGCCAGUGAAAAUGAUUGGCGACAUACUGACCGCACAGCUACCACACAUGCAACCUUACAUCCGGUUCUGUAGCUGCCAGCUCAAUGGGGCAGCAUUAAUCCAGCAGAAAACAGAUGAAGUCCCAGAGUUCAAGGAUUUUGUUAAAAGGUUAGCAAUGGAUCCUCGCUGUAAAGGAAUGCCGCUGUCAAGUUUUCUGCUAAAGCCUAUGCAAAGGGUAACAAGAUACCCGCUAAUAAUUAAAAAUAUAAUAGAAAACACUCCUGAAAAUCACCCUGAUCACAGUCACUUGAAGCAUGCUCUGGAGAAAGCGGAAGAAUUGUGUUCCCAAGUAAAUGAAGGGGUGCGUGAGAAGGAAAAUUCAGACAGGCUGGAAUGGAUCCAGGCUCACGUUCAAUGUGAAGGCCUGUCUGAGCAACUCGUCUUUAAUUCUGUUACAAACUGCUUGGGACCACGCAAGUUUCUGCACAGUGGGAAACUCUACAAAGCCAAGAGCAACAAGGAACUGUAUGGUUUUCUGUUCAAUGAUUUCCUUCUGCUGACUCAGAUCAUAAAGCCUCUGGGUUCCUCUGGUACAGACAAGGUCUUCAGCCCCAAGUCUAAUCUGCAGUAUAAAAUGUAUAAAACUCCCAUUUUUCUAAAUGAGGUACUAGUAAAAUUACCCACAGACCCUUCUGGAGAUGAGCCCAUCUUCCAUAUCUCCCACAUUGAUAGAGUCUACACGCUUCGUGCAGAAAGCAUAAAUGAAAGGACUGCCUGGGUUCAGAAAAUUAAAGCUGCUUCUGAACUUUACAUAGAGACUGAGAAGAAGAAGAGGGAAAAGGCCUACUUAGUUCGCUCCCAAAGGGCAACAGGCAUUGGAAGGUUGAUGGUGAACAUUGUGGAAGGCAUUGAACUAAAACCCUGCAGGUCACAUGGAAAGAGUAACCCAUACUGUGAGGUGACAAUGGGCUCUCAGUGUCACAUCACCAAGACUAUGCAGGACACUCUCAACCCUAAAUGGAACUCUAACUGCCAAUUCUUUAUCAAAGAUCUGGAGCAGGAUGUACUCUGCAUAACUGUGUUUGAGAGGGAUCAGUUCUCCCCAGACGACUUUUUGGGCCGAACUGAAAUUCGUGUGGCGGACAUUAAGAAGGAUCAGGGCUCAAAGGGACCAGUUACAAAGUGUCUCCUCCUGCACGAAGUCCCAACAGGAGAGAUCGUAGUCCGACUAGAUCUGCAAUUGUUUGAUGAACCUUAGAGGAAAAUGCACCAAUGUUUCACUUUAAUCUGAGUUCACUGCAAUAGGUGUCUGCAGAAGCUGUCUAGAAAUCCUUAUUCCUUUUAUAUGAAACUACUGCUUGUUCUUCAUGUGCAAAGGGGUUAUCAAAGCAAACAGGAAAAUCUAUGUGCCUUGAUAAUCCUUGCUGAAAAUUGAAUCCCAGUUUUGGGAGCAGAUCUCUGUCUCUGUGUGGAACUUCAUUAUAGUUUUCAGGGUUUCUGAAGUAACAUAGUCAUAACUUGUGCUCCAAGCUGAAAGGUGAACAAACCAUGUAGGUUGUUGCACUUACUCCAGUUACUGUAAUGUUUAUUUAAAU